GCAGAAGCAUGGCUCCACUCGUGCGACAUUAGGUUAGCAACUGGAGGAUAUUUUUUGUCUGGACUCUCUCCUGUCUCCAAAGAGCUGAACGUUGGACCAUGAGGAUUCCAGAGGAAGUGUGUGUAUUGGGCCUCUCCCUGCUGGCUCCUGCAGUUUUGUACACAAUGAACAAUCUCCCUGCACUCCACGAGCCUCUGCUCAUCCUGGGAAUUGGAAUGGCCGUUCUGGGAGGUGUUCUUCUCCUCCUCUACCUCUUAACUGCACAACGUAAAACGACAGUGGAUCCUUUAUUUUAUGUGUUUGCAGAGUUUUCUUUUACUUGCCUGGUGGGGCUGACUCAUGCACUGGAGCAAGACGGCUUCAUAUCGGGCUUCAUGGGCUUCUACCUCAAGAUGGGUGAACCUCACUUGAGUACUGCCUAUGCUGUGAUGAUGUCAUACUGGGAAGGGGUUGUUCAUUUUGGUCUCUUCCUAAUCAUCAUCCACCGCAUGUUUAGAGGAAAAUCUUACCGCAGUCUGGCACUGCUUUGGGUCGGUUCCUCCAUCAUGCAUCAACUUGUUCACAUUCCAGGAGUGGUUGUCGGUAAAUACGGAUCUAACGUCCAUCCAGCUUUUUGGCGCAACGUUCCCUUCUUUUUAGCACCUUUCUGGGCAGCUUUCGUCCUUUUUCAGAGGCCCAGAGUGAUGCCUAUCGUCACGGCAGACAAGAUCAUGUCCGAGCAAAAGAAAGGUCUGUUAUCGCGUCCUCUUGACCUGCUGCUUGUAGCGUUGCUACUUGGAGGUGUGGCCGUCUCUGUUUUUAGAGGCUUUGUGGUUCUGGAUUGUCCUCUAAAUUUCUGCUUCAAAUACAUUUAUCAGUUUGAGCCAUACCUUAAGGAUCCCGUGGGCUUCCCCAGAGUCAUGAUGCUGGUCUAUUUAUUCUACGCUGUGCCCCUGAUGACAAUCCUCAUCUAUGGUCUGAUAAGACCAGGCUGCGGCUGGAUGCUGGACUGGACUCUUUUUUUUGCUGGUGCCACUGCCCAGGCCCAGUGGUGCCACAUUGGAGCAUCUGUACACUCCCGCACCCCCUUCACGUAUCGAGUCCCAGCAGACAAAUUAUGGACCGUUAUCACCUUCAAUGUAGUGCUUGCUGUUGUACCCGCUCUGCUGGCUCUGCGCUGCCACAAAAGUCCUGCUUAUUUCAUGAAACCAGUUCCCAAAGGACAAAGCAAUAGCAACAAGAAGAAAAAGUAGACAGCCCAGGAGUCAAGGGUGCUCCACAUUUUGCCUCAUGGAAAACCUUCUCGCAACACUACAAAAAUUCAAAGGCCAAACCUGGAGGAAAGCGGCACUGAGUGGCCCCGUGCAGCACUCCCCAUAUGGACUGUUGGACUCUGAUAAGAAGGUCCUUAAUGGGAAUGAGGACUGUGACCAGUUAACACAGCUUUCAGGUGACUCAUGCAUAACAUCCGCUUCCUGUCUAUCUAAAUCUCCACCAGCAUUUGACUGAAUUAAACAACUGCUUUUUAUUCAGUAAUCUCAGGUACCCCCAAAAAAUGUCAGAUUCACAACACAGACCAGAAUGAUACAUAAAGAUAAAUGUUAAAAACAAGACCAUGCCACAAAUCCAGAGAAGUAACUUACAAUUACAAAUAUUGAACAAUAAAGUUG